UCUCAUUCUCAAAUCAUAAUAAACUUUUCCUAUAUUUCUUUAAUUUGGUUACAUAUCGUCUUGCUGAAGAUCAGAGAUUAUAGAAUCAUGGGAGACUCUUCUGCUUCAUACAUACACUUGGUGCACCACCUGAUUGAGAAGUGUCUGAUCUUCCACAUGACUAAAGAAGAGUGCGUUGAAGCACUUUCAAAAUAUGGAAACGUCGAACCUGUCAUCACCUCCACUGUGUGGAAUGAACUGGAGAAAGAAAACAAGCAAUUCUUUGAGACCUAUGCUCAAUCUCAAGAGAGCAAAGCAGACGAUCGGAUUGUCGGAGGAAGGAUAAGUCAAACGGUCAAGAAGAUGAUUCCGGAUUCGUCCAAAGAUUCCAACGGCUGACAUGCAUAUAUGAAAGCGAUCUUACCUUUGGGUUAUGGUUGUUUGCUAGCUACAGUUUAGUACCUUAAAAUUCUACGAUCCCGACUCCCUACACAAAAUGACAGAACCAUGCAUAUAAUGUCAAAUUAUACGGGAGAUCACGGAUAAAUCGCAUCCAGUAGUAACCAAUCAGGACAGGCCACGUUA